AUGGGGCUCCUGGCCGGUGCUAGAAGUCCUGCACCGCCGGCUCUGCUGACGAAGGCAGCGCCUGCGGACUCCGGGUGCCGGGGGCCCUCUGAAACGCAGAGGCGCUUUUCUUCGGUGCAGAAGGGCGAAGCGGACGAGGCGCCUCCGUCGACGUUCGCCAAACUUCCGCGUUUUUGGGUCGUGUUGGUCUUAUUCGUGGGACAGGCAGUGUCGGUCUUCUGUCUCGGCAGUGUCUUCGGUUUUGUGUUCUUGGGAGACUAUUUGCGCAACAGGGAGCAUCCUUCUCGUUCCUCGUUGUCGCAUUCUUCGCUGCCUGCUGCCGUCUCGCCGCUCCCGACCUCCAGAGGCCCGGUCCCCUCUGCGCCUUUCUCUCGUCGCCCCUCUCUGUCGCCUCGUCAGUCCGCGGAUGUCCGCAGUGAAAGCGAGGAGAAAGCUUCGGCGCCUUUCUCCACAGCCGAUGAGGGCAUGCUCCCUGUCAACUUUGGCGAGCUCUUUGACAGCUGGGACUCGCCCUUCUCCCUAGCAGCAGCGCCGCACUCCUCUGUUGACGGCGGUGACGAGGGCGCACCGUUCAUUUUUGCUCCCGCCGAUCCGCUUCGGAGUCCCUUUUUGUCGGCCUCCUUCGCCUCCGAACUUGCCAGGCCGUCACAGCCGCGGGCCCCGUUGAGCUCGCUGCUUGCAGCGCUCGCGCCUGGCGAGCGCCGCCGCCGUCUGGAAGCUCGGGACGAGUCAGAGCCCCUCAAAGGGUCCCCGGGCGCAGACGAGGCAACUGCGAAGGCUUCCCCCGCUGGCGUCGCUGGGCCUGCCGGGCCCGUCGGAGGCGACCUGAAGGGGUUUGAAGCCUCGCUUGGCCUCAAGGGGCCUGAAGCCCCGCCUGUCUUCAGGGGGUCGGCAGAUGUGUGGCGGUCUCAGCCGCGGGGAAGACGCUCUUCAUUUGCCGUCUGGGAUAUGAGCGGCGAAGACGCAGACGUGUUUGACGGCUACGCAAAUGAGGAUCAAUUGAGAGAAAUGUGGAGCAAGCACUCGGGGAGCAUGGACGAUGACGACUACGAGGACGACGACCCAGCCACGCUGGCAGCGCCUGCGUUCUUUGAGCGAGUCGGCAGGCCCGGCUACGCCAGCACCCACUCCAAGUCCGGUAGCGCCGAGUCCCCAGGCGAGCACAAAGGCAGCGCAGAGGGCCCGAGCGACAGCAAGACAGGUAGCGCCGCCGGCGCACUGCGCGUGGGGUCGCCGAAGGAGGGCCGCUUGUACUCUCACGAAGAGAGUCUUUCCGGCCAGAUGCGGUCCCCCCAUGCGUCGCCGUCCCCAUCCGGGCCGCGCGGCGGGGUCGCCCCCGGCGCUCCUGAGCAACCGUUGGCGUCAGGGCAGUCCAGCGACUCCUCUGCAGCCAGGGGCGCGCAGCAGAGUGAGGGUGACGCGGCGCGGAGAACCCCCCCGUCCGCGGGCGGGGCCUCCGGGGCCGCGACCAAGGUUCAGGAGGGCGGCGCAGGUGGCGACGGCGCAGACAGGCGUGCCCAAGUUUCGCCGACUGAGAGGCACGCCACGAGCGCGGAAACACCGAUAGGGCAGGACCCAUCGUCAGGCACCGCGAGGGCACCAGAGCCCGCCGCGGGCGGUGCAGCGGGAGGCAGAGACGGCCCAAGAGUCAACAGCGCUGGCACGUCGACGCUUGAACUUAAUCCGGACGAGACCGACAAACACAAGAAAAGACCCCCGUCCAAGCGUUCCAUCAGCAAGACACGAAAAGGAAGAAAAGACAAGUCGCACAGGUCCCGAUCGAACGACGUCAGCCCUGCAAGCCAGGGAGUCCUCCAGCGCAUGUGGAUCACGCGCGAGAGGCUCGGAAAGCUUGCGAAGAAAAAAUUAAGGAAGUUCCACAGCGCGAUGACACGGCGACACGUCUGCAAGUACCUCAAAUCCAACCAGCAGUACCGCGUCUGGUUCACCCUCGCAGUGCUCUUUGGACUGGAGUGGCCCUUCUACUCGUACUCCGAUGGAGGCGGCGCUCGGUUCCUUCGAGCACUUCUCGAUCAAACGCGGAGCUUCGGUCCGCCAGUGAACUCGAGUUCUCUCGUCCGGAGGCGGUACGAGGAAUUCCGCGACUGCGGCAUGCCUCAGGCCUUUGAGCACGGGCUGACCCUGCUCGUGGACGCCUUGCCGUCCGGCGCCGAGCUCCCAGACGUCCUGAAGGCUGCGGCGCAGCACACCACCUUCCGCAAGGUUCUCUUCGCCAUGGGAGACGUGCACGUCCCCUUCGACGGUCGAGACAGUCUCGUUCACGUCUUCGAUAUGGUGGAAGACGCGAUGGGGCUUGCGUGGGGAAAAGACGUCUUUCUCGGAAAAGAACCAUCUGCGAACACCGGUUUCAAACCCUUCACUCCGGAUGAGCUGUACUACAAGUACAUCUUCGCCUUCAGCGAAAGCCGCCGGUACUUCUCCAUGGUCCUUCUCCUCAGCCGAGCCAUGCGUCAACACGUCAGCCAGAAGCCACACAACGGUAUCAUCCUUCUCCUCGUUGAGCAGCCUCAAGUGCUGAGUGGGAUCCCAUCCUCAUUUUCCAACGGCUCCAAUGCGCGCGAGGCGCCUACGUAUCCUGCGUACCGCGGGUCGGGCUUGCGGCGGCUCUCCGCGCAGUGGAGCAGUCCCAGCGGACGCAGAGACCCUGGGGCGCCACUGGCGGGGCGUGAGCCUUUGGUCGUACGGGAAACUGACCAAGAAUCGUUUCAGCGUCUGCAAGAUUUCCAGUUGCUUCAAGAGCAAGUCCGGCAGAGUGUCCUGAUGAAGCUGGAAAGCGCGAUCGUCAGAUUCUACCCGACGAGCAAAACGAUAAGGAGGGAUAUUGUGACCCUCCCGGAUGUCCGCGUCUCUGGAUUCUUCGCGCGAUCCGCGGAGGGCCGAACUCACGAGAAGGGACUGGCAGGUCUGGAAAUUGACUUCGAUCUCAUGGAGAAGUUCAAGAAGCAGACGCCCCCGAACGGCGUGUUGAUCCAGGUUACCCUUCUGGACUCCUGGGCAACACAGCCUAUCGAAAAGUGGCCAGAUGUCAUGGAUCCCUCGAAGACGCUUGUCUCUUCGUACACCGCCACGCAGCUGCUCAAAUCGGAGCUGAUGUGGGACCAGUCACUCUCCACUUUCGAAUGGGGCAGAACGAAGUUCAUCUACUCGACUAUCUCUGAGGUGUUUGAGUACGAGAAGAUUGACAUAGUCAACCGCAUUGCGUUCGACCCAGACAUUCAGGUGAUGCUUCUUCAGAGCUACAGCGAUUUCGCAGUGAAUGGAAAGGAAGAAGGUAUGCUCGCCAAGAUCGUGGAAGUCCUCCAGCGCAAGCCCCUGGGCCACUCCGGAGUCCCCCGAGAGUUCAGCCCUGACCGCAUCGUUCUACAGGGGACGGCAACCCCCCUGGACCGCCACGGCGGCGGGAAGGGGCCGCUGUACAGGAAGAUGCAGUUUGGUGCAGGAAUCGACUAUGCUGAGGUUUUAGAAGUUGAGAAGGCGAUCAGAGAGCACACCAUCAUGCUUCACAUCAAGAUUGUCGGGCUCGGGCACGCGGCCGCGGAGGACUGGCGGGGCCUCAAGGCGCAUGAAAUCCUCAAUCGCUUGGCUCAACGAUUCAGGGGAACCUUCGAGAUUCACUACGUCAAUCCGGGCAAACCGCCGCAAAGCCCUCAGAUUGCCGCUCGGUCAGCCAAAUGUGCCACAGGAAUCCCCGAGUGGAUUCUCGCAGUGGCUGUUCUAGCUACGGCGUCGUUCUUCGUCAUUUUCAUCAUUCUUUUGAUGUAUCAUCGGCAGCUGGACGUGCCCUGGUGGCUCUCCUGCUGGUGUAGCCGCUUUUCGCCGUGGGAGAAGGACGCCUGCGACAAGGGGAGCAACUGCUCAAGCGAUACGGAAGACAGUACAGGAGAAGGAGAUCCUGAUCAUAGUUCAGCUGCAAGUGGCGCGGACGACGAAUCAGGCAAAGCGCGGCUCAUGACACACAUAACUGAAGAGGAGUACGCUUGGGCGGAUGACUCUUUCUCCCGUGGCGCGCCCCGCCAGCGCAUGCCUGGAUCUGGCAGCGCCUCGUUUGAUCAUGCUGCCCAUUCUGGGUUACGGUCGCCCUACGUCAGCGGGCCCAAAUCUGGCGGUGGCGGUCGCAGUUCCUCUGCCGAACUCGGUGCGGUGUUCAGCCCUAGCUCAUCAACUUCGAGUCUAGGGGUCCCACGUAGCGGCGCAAGAGGAUAUGAUGAUCCCAGUAUGGGUCACCCCGUCACUCCUCCAAGCCAUUUGAACUCAAUACCGGUUGUGCGCACGCCAACGCUAACGAAAGCUGUGUCACGGCGGCUAGGAGCUGAAUCCGGAUUCGUCACUCCUACGAAUCGUGGAAAUGGCGCAGAGUAA